AAAUACAAUAUUAAUAGGUUAGGGAAGGACGGGAUCGGCGGAGAAGACUACUGGCGUUGUUGGGCCGUCGCGAGCAUUUCUCAGUUGGCUUGGGGUAUCAGAUCUUGCCGGCGUGGAUUUCCCGGCGACCCUCGUUUCAUGCCUCUCAAAGCCUUCGCCGUCGGUUCUCUAUUCGUCGGAUCCGCCGCCUCCGCCUUUACUGCCGUCCUCUCUGCUUCAGGCAUCCGCUCGGUGAAUGAUGCUAAGGAAGUUGGUGCAAAUAUCAGAUCUGGUCUAGGGAUUACUAGAAGGGUACAAGACAAAUAGAUAUUUCUAGAUGAAUCAAAAGUCUUAGUUCUUUGGUUGAUCCUAUUGCUGAUAAGGAGUUUUAGGAAGCUGCAGUAGUGAAUUCGAAUUCU